GAAAUGUCAAAAAGACAUUUGUUAUCAAGUGUGAAACAGUUAUCCAGCGGCCGCUGUCUCAAAAACUGUUUUAUUUCGACUAAAAUCAUGGAACCGAAAGUUAAUUUAAAACAGGACCCAGCUUACGUGGAAAUUCAGAUAUUCUACGAUGCUAACUGGGACAAGAUAAACAUACAGCAAUUAUUUCAGCAAGACGCGAAUCGGUUCAACAAAUUCAGUCUCCGCAUCCCGACCCCAAAUGAUGGAGAGAUCCUGCUGGACUACUCUAAGAACCGCAUCAAUGACCAGCUGUGGGCCCUGCUCCUCAACCUCGCCAAGAGCCGCAAUGUGGAGAAAGCAAGGGACGCUAUGUUCUCGGGUGAGAAGAUAAACUUCACAGAAGACCGAGCGGUGUUGCACAUUGCUCUCCGCAACAGACAGAACCGUCCCAUCCUGGUGGCGGGCAAGGAUGUCACUCCUGAUGUCAACGCUGUGCUCGCACAUAUGAAGGAGUUCUCCGGGCAGGUCAUCAGUGGACAGUGGAAGGGGUACACAGGCAAGCCUAUUACCGAUGUGAUCAACAUUGGUAUUGGUGGCUCCGACCUCGGGCCUCUGAUGGUCACUGAGGCACUCAAGCCGUAUGCCAACCAUUUGAAGGUGCACUUCGUAUCCAACAUAGACGGCACACACUUGGCCGAGGUGCUCAAACGCCUGAACCCUGAGACGGCGCUGUUCAUCAUAGCCUCCAAGACCUUCACCACGCAGGAGACCAUCACCAACGCUACGUCAGCCAAGAACUGGUUCCUCGAAGCCGCUAAAGAUCCAUCAGCCGUAGCGAAGCACUUCGUAGCGUUGUCGACCAACGGAGAGAAGGUGACGGCGUUCGGCAUCGAUGCUAACAACAUGUUCGGUUUCUGGGACUGGGUUGGUGGCAGGUACUCACUGUGGUCGGCCAUUGGUCUGUCUAUCUCACUAUACAUCGGCUACGAUAACUUCGAAAAACUGCUAGAAGGCGCCAACUUCAUGGACCAGCACUUCACUACGGCGCCCAUUGAGAAGAAUGCCCCAAUAAUCCUGGCAUUGCUUGGAGUUUGGUACUCUAACUUCUACGGCGCCGAGACACAUGCGCUGUUGCCUUACGACCAGUAUUUACACAGAUUCGCGGCGUACUUCCAACAAGGCGACAUGGAGAGUAACGGCAAGUACGUGACGCGGUCGGGGGCGCAGGCCGACUACAGCACCGGCCCCAUCGUGUGGGGCGAGCCCGGCACCAACGGGCAGCAUGCCUUCUACCAGCUCAUACAUCAGGGCACCAGGCUGAUUCCAUGCGACUUCAUCGCGCCGGCGCAGACACACAACCCGAUCUCGGGCGGCGUGCAUCACAAGAUCCUGCUCGCCAACUUCCUCGCGCAGACAGAGGCGCUCAUGAAGGGCAAGACUGCUGACGAGGCUAAAGCAGAGCUAGAGAAGUCAGGCAUGGCAGCGGACGCGGUCGCUAAGAUCCUUCCUCACAAGGUGUUCAAGGGCAACCGCCCCACCAACUCUAUCGUCGUCAAGAAAGUCACGCCCUUCACUCUUGGAGCUCUUAUUGCCCUAUACGAACACAAGAUCUUCACUCAAGGCGUGAUCUGGGACAUCAACUCGUUCGACCAGUGGGGCGUCGAGCUCGGCAAGCAGCUCGCCAAGGCCAUCGAGCCCGAGCUACAGGACAAUACACCCGUCUCCUCACACGACGGAUCCACUAAUGGCCUUAUUAACUUCUUGAAGGCCAACUUUUAAAUUUAGAAGCCCUAAUUUUAAGUUUGGAAGGUCAUCUUUCAAAUUUAAAGGCCGUUUGAUUGCGUUCGAAAGUUGAAAUUUCUUUUUUUUGGGAUAGGUUGCGUUGAAAUUAUAUGUUCAUACUUUUUCGAGUACUAAAGGUGUCUAAAAACAUUUUUAGAUCUAUGGUUUGUAGUUUUAACGAAACCUACCCUAAAUAUCUAAGUUAAUUUCGUUAUAAAAAAAAGUGGACCACAAAAUCUCAUUUUUUAUAUAAAAAAGAUAAGUUAUUAAAUUAUUUGACAUUUUUUAUUUGUUUUUAAAAACGCAUUCAACAAACGGCGUAUUUAUACAUUUAUUAUUUUGAGAUCUAAACUUUCAAAAGUACAUUUUGCUCGUAUUUACAAUAAACCUUAGAUCUUGAACAAAUGAGUUUUUAUGCUUUUUUUGCUGUGUAUAGCGCACUUUAUAAAUGGUAUUAUUGUUACAAAAAUAUGUAGAAUCAGUUAAUAUGUACUAGGGGUCGGUUGUAACAGCAUAUAAUAUCGCAUUUUAAUAUAGCGUAUUUGCAAUAGUUCCUUCAACACCGAUUUGAAAAAUUCUUUCACAGUUGGAAAGCUACACUCUUCCCGAGUAACAUAGGCUAUAUUUAGCAGUAGUUGCCACGGAAAGCGAGCGAAAUACAUAUUCGUAAUACAUAAGAGUAAAAAUACAUAAAAUGACUAAUUUUAUCAUUGUUACAACCGACCCUUGUUUCUAUAUAAGCCCCUACUUAAAGUGUAUUUAUGUUAAGUGUAUGCGUUUUAUCAUGUAUGAAAUAUUUAUGAGCUGUUACUCCUAGAGAGAUGUAUUUAAUGUCUAUGUAUUGUAUGUUAUUGUCGAUGUUUUACUAAUAAAACAUUGUUUCACACGAA